AUGGACUAUCACCGCUCCCGACUCCUCGAACAAGUCCCCCUCACCGUCUCCCCCUUCGUCUCCCUCCCCAGCGCCCCCACCCUCUCCUACAACUACAAACCGAUGCCCUCCUCCCUCCCCCCCUCGAUCCUCACCGCCCCCUCCUCAACCACCACAACCACCACGACCACCCCUGCCGCCGCAACUGCCGCCGCAACAGCAAUGGCCGCCCCUCCGACCCCCAACCCCCCUUCCGACGGCGUCCCAGCAGUAUCCUCCACGCCGCCCAAGCCGAAAUACGUCGUCUCCAGCUCCGGCCACGCCGCCCACCCAGACGACAUCAUCGCCUCGUGCCGCGCCCUGAAAUCCCACAUCGCCCGCAUGCAGGCCGACGCCGAGCGCGAGCUGCGCGACUUCGAGGACCGCAUCCGCGACCGCGAACUCGCCGAGAAGAGACGCGUCGCGCCCGGGUGGCUGGAUAGCGAUGCGCGCUUGUUGGAGCCCGAACGACGGGGCGGCCCGUCUGGUCCCGCCGAGGUGGCGGGGGAGGAGAGUGCGGCGGCGUCGCCGCGUCGCCCGGGGCAGGGGCCCAGUGAGAUGGGGGCUGAUCGGGGGGUUGGUCAGGGGGUUGAUCAGGGGGCUGAGCUUGAUCGGGCUUUUGGGGGGUUGCGUGUUUGA